AUGGCAGACGAAACCCCCAAGAAGGGGAACUUUUCGGCUCUCGUUGGACACACCAAUGGCCUCACGAAACCUGCUUCCCUCGCAGCAGCUGCCGCUGUCACCACAAAACCUGGAAGCGGCAGCGGCUCAAAGAAAUUAGUGAUAAAAAAUUUCAGAGACCGACCUAAACUGCCUGAUAAUUACACUCAGGACACAUGGCAGAAGCUUCAUGAGGCAGUAAAAGCCAUACAAAGUAGUACCUCCAUUAAAUACAACCUGGAAGAGCUCUACCAGGCUGUUGAAAAUCUCUGUUCUCACAAAGUUUCCCCAACACUCUACAAACAGCUACGUCAGGUUUGUGAAGAUCAUGUUCAAGCACAAAUUCUUCAGUUUAGAGAAGACUCAUUAGAUAGUGUCUUGUUUUUAAAAAAGAUUAACACAUGCUGGCAAGAUCAUUGCAGACAAAUGAUCAUGAUUAGAAGUAUUUUCUUGUUUUUGGAUCGCACUUAUGUACUUCAAAAUUCCAUGCUUCCUUCUAUAUGGGAUAUGGGAUUAGAACUAUUUAGGAACCAUAUUAUAAGUGAUAAAAUGGUUCAGAGUAAAACUAUUGAUGGUAUUCUUCUAUUAAUCGAACGAGAGAGAAAUGGUGAAGCUGUGGAUAGAAGUCUAUUGCGAAGUCUACUGAGUAUGCUUUCUGACCUUCAGGUGUAUAAAGAUUCAUUUGAACUGAAAUUUUUGGAAGAAACUAAUUGUUUAUAUGCUGCAGAAGGCCAAAGAUUAAUGCAAGAAAGAGAGGUUCCAGAAUAUCUUAACCAUGUAAGUAAACGUUUAGAAGAAGAAGGAGACCGAGUAAUCACAUAUUUAGACCACAGUACACAGAAACCACUAAUUGCUUGUGUGGAGAAACAGCUCUUAGGAGAACAUUUAACAGCAAUUCUGCAGAAAGGGCUUGAUCACUUACUUGAUGAGAAUAGAGUACCUGAUCUUACACAGAUGUACCAGUUGUUCAGUCGGGUAAAAGGUGGUCAGCAGAUACUACUGCAACACUGGAGUGAAUACAUCAAGACUUUUGGAACAACGAUAGUUAUCAAUCCUGAAAAAGAUAAAGAUAUGGUGCAAGACCUGCUAGAUUUUAAGGAUAAAGUGGACCACAUCAUAGAAGUGUGCUUUCAGAAAAAUGAAAAAUUUAUCAACUUGAUGAAGGAAUCCUUUGAAACAUUUAUCAACAAGAGACCAAAUAAGCCUGCAGAAUUGAUCGCAAAGCAUGUUGAUUCAAAGUUGAGAGCUGGCAAUAAAGAAGCAACAGAUGAAGAACUAGAGAGAAUCCUUGACAAAAUUAUGAUAAUAUUCAGGUUUAUUCAUGGUAAAGAUGUAUUUGAAGCAUUUUAUAAGAAAGAUUUGGCAAAAAGACUCCUUGUUGGGAAAAGUGCUUCUGUGGAUGCUGAAAAAUCUAUGUUGUCAAAACUAAAACAUGAAUGUGGUGCUGCUUUUACCAGCAAACUUGAAGGCAUGUUCAAGGACAUGGAACUUUCAAAAGACAUCAUGGUUCAUUUUAAGCAGUAUAUGCAGAAUCAAAGUGAUCCGGGCUCUAUAGAUCUAACAGUAAACAUACUUACAAUGGGAUACUGGCCAACAUAUACACCUAUGGAAGUACAUUUAACUCCAGAAAUGAUUAAACUUCAGGAAGUAUUUAAGACAUUUUAUCUUGGGAAGCACAGUGGUCGAAAACUUCAAUGGCAAACUACUUUGGGGCAUGCUGUUUUAAAAGCAGAAUUCAAAGAAGGAAAGAAGGAGUUCCAGGUUUCCCUUUUCCAGACAUUAGUGCUUCUCAUGUUCAAUGAAGGGGAUGAAUUCAGUUUUGAAGAAAUAAAAAUGGCUACUGGUAUAGAGGAUAGUGAAUUACGAAGAACAUUACAGUCUCUGGCUUGUGGUAAAGCACGUGUGUUGAUUAAAAGUCCAAAAGGAAAGGAUGUGGAAGAUGGAGACAGAUUCAUUUUUAAUGGAGAGUUCAAGCACAAGUUGUUUCGAAUAAAGAUCAAUCAAAUUCAGAUGAAAGAAACCGUUGAGGAACAAGUUAGCACCACUGAAAGAGUGUUUCAAGACAGACAAUACCAGAUAGAUGCUGCUAUAGUAAGAAUAAUGAAGAUGAGAAAGACUCUUGGUCAUAAUCUUCUAGUUUCAGAAUUGUAUAAUCAGCUGAAAUUUCCAGUAAAGCCUGGAGAUUUGAAAAAGAGAAUUGAAUCUCUUAUAGACAGAGACUAUAUGGAGAGAGAUAAAGACAAUCCAAAUCAGUACCACUAUGUGGCAUAA